AUGUCGGAAAUCGACCACGAUACCUGCACGCUGGACACUUGCCCAAUUGAUUUGGCCUAUAUCAAUUACCAACCCAACUUGGGGGCAAAUAUUCUAUUCCUGGCCAUUUUCGCUUUCUUUCUCGCCGGGCAACUUGUCGUCGGAUCAUGGUUUCGAACUUGGACAUACAUGGGCGCCAUGUCCGCAGGACUCAUCCUAGAAGUACUGGGCUACGUCGGACGAGUAAUGAUGCACAACAAUCCCUUCGACUUUAACGCAUUCCUCCUAUACCUCAUCUGCCUAACCAUUGCCCCGGCCUUCUUCACCGCCGCAAUCUACAUCUGCCUCGGAAGAAUCGUCACCAUCUACGGCGAGGACAUUUCCAGGAUUCGUCCCCGCACAUACACAAUCAUCUUUGUGACGUGCGAUAUAAUCGCCCUGAUCCUCCAAGCCGCCGGCGGCGCUAUCACAUCCAUCGCCGACGAUGACCAGAAAGACCUCAGCGACACAGGCGUCAAUAUCAUGAUUGCCGGGUUAGCAUUCCAGGUCGCUUCUUUGACAUUGUUCAUGGCGAUGGCGUCUGAAUUCGCCCUACGCGUGCGCAAAGCCCCGGAAGAAUCGAGGAACGAGUAUACCGCGUCUAUUCGCAGUGGCUGGAAAUGGAAGGCAUUCCUUCUGAGUCUUGCUGCUGCCGUUGUGACGAUUUAUGUCCGGUCUUGCUUUCGUGUUGCGGAGUUGAAGGGCGGGUUCGAUAGUGAUAUUGCUAAUGAUGAGGUUAUGCUGAUGAUUCUGGAGAGUGCUAUGAUUACCAUUGCGUGCUUUUGUAUGACUGUUGCGCCGCCGGCGCUUGUUAUGGGGCGGCGAUGGGGUGAUCUUAAGGCAAGGCCUGCUGGGGAAAGAGCUUCAAAAGCCUCGAUUGCUUCUUCUGCUAGUGGCUAUGAGAUGAAUCAUGUAUCUUAUGGUCAUGAUUGA